UCACUUGCUCCUCGAUUUGCUGGACUUGUCGGCUCCUCGAUGCGUGGAUUACCUGCCACCUCGCCUCCCCCGUUACCUCUGCCAGUUCAGAGUCCUCAUCUAGAGGCCCAACUAUAUCACCAUCACCACCAGCACAGCCAACAAUCACAACAACAAGAGGUCAAACAGCAGCAUCUGCAGCCGCAUCAACUUCUACUCCAACAUCAGCCUCAGUCAGUCCACCAACAAGCCUUUGCACCUUCCAUCGCCGUCUCAUCUGGUCCUGUGGGACAGGAGACUUUUGCCUGUGAUCAAUGUAAAAAGAUUUUUUCCAAGCACAGCUCUCUGGCCAGACACAAAUACGAGCACACGGGUGAGUCAAAUGUGUGA